CAGUGUUGAUAGGGUAAGGAGAGUAGUAAGCUUCAGAACGCCAGACCAGCUUUUGUCUGUCAAGGGCACGGCGGUGAAUCAGCCAUCACUUGACUCAGUACGCUGCGUGCGAGCGAAAUAAAACCAUGGCGUCUCAUCACCUUCAGCAGGCAGCUGUCAAACUGGCGGACUGGUUACAGGUCAAGGGACAGUUCAACGGUCUGCUAGAAAGACUCUCGCGAGGAGAGUCGGUCCUUCCUGUCGCUAUAGACGGAAUGGAGCUUGCGGAUUGGUCCCUAGGAACCGCAAUUCUGCUUCUUUCCGACGUGCGGUCGAUUUCGACCUUCCUCGCUGAGCAUUUCCUCGUUCUUUCUCAAACCGAUGUGAAGAAGGAAAAAGAAGGUUUUCCGCCAGAGAAGGAGAGACCUCGUGUCCGAUCUCGUGCCUUGCUUCUGAUCCGAUUCACCUCGGUACCUAUUCCGAAUCUGACGGUGGAGGAGGCCUGGGCUGCGAAGAUUCAUUUGUGUCCGUCAAAUCAGCUGGUUCGCAUCCACGGCGUGGUCUACUUCGCCUCGUUGAUACGAAAGAUAUCCUACCCCUUUUCCGUCUCAAUUCAGAGUUACGAGAGAAGAGUGAGAGCGAAUGUGAGCAAGUGGCAGAGGCAGCACUAUUUAGUUGUAAGGGAAGGCUGGUAAGGGAAGGCUGGUAAGGGGAGGCUGGUAAGAUGAAGCAGGGAAGCAGCGCCUUUAGAGAGAAAUUCAUAAUCUGUGGAAUGUUUUCCUUGACCGUCUCUAUUCUUGUCCUUGGGAUCAUAUCGAUCCAACACAUUAUCUUCAUGAGGAGAAUUCAGUGCCAAACCUGCGGCCGUGUGAAGGACGUAUGGUGGACAGAUGACGUGGCGUCUCAAGUCAUGUGCUGCCCUUCGAACACAUUCAGUGAGGACCUGUUCCGGAGAAUAGAAGCAGAAUGCCAGGUGCGUCAAUCCUUCCUUGCUCUGAUCCGAAAUUCACCUCUAAUUUUGCAAUCGUUGUCAUUUCUGUCACAUCUGCCGCAUCUACUGACACGUGAAAAACUUUCAGGAUAUUGUUUUGGGGCCUAUACCCACUCUUAGAAAAAGUGACCAACGAUUUUCAAGGCCGCCAUUAUUUCACGUGCUUCUGCUUCAUGACUUAGCCGGCAGGCUCCACGUUGGUGCUCUCUGCGAUGUGAUUGGACACACGUGGAGCCCAGGUUCAUCCCAGCAGCUACCUCCGAGCACCCAGAUUUUCGACACUACCAGAAUUAUCGCUAACAAUCUGAUUGCAGGAGAAGACACUGUGCGACCAAAGCUGAAAGCGUCCAAUCAGAUGGGGAAAUUGUUCGGGAUUAAAGACAUGAAAAAAGUUCCAUCCAGCCCGAAACUUUCUUCCAGCCAAUUGGCUGCAAGCAGCCCUACCCGCUCCCAGUCUGACAGCUUCCUUUCCCAGAACCUAUUGUUUUCUCAGAGCCAGUUCCUCUCACAAACCCAAGAUUGGCACAGCAUCCCUGAUUCUGUCACAUCCAGACCAGACGAGGGUCUUUCAAUUCUUACCAGACUGGCGGAUUCCCUGAAGAGAGAAAUUGCCAUAAGCCUCGCUGGAAGCGCACUGGGAAUCACAAGGCCGGAGGACAUUGCAGGCCUCUCAGAUUCAGACGCAUUUGCCAUCCCAGAGCUUCUUCCCCUCACGCUCCUCCUCAGCCUUGUCUCAGCUCCUGGAAGCUCCCCCCUCCCAUCCCAAUCCCAUACUCCACUCCAAGCCAUUCUAGGAAAGACAGCCUCGCAAAAUCUCCACCACAAUCCACACAACUCCCCCCACCAUCGACGGUCCAAGGUCAACAUUCUCCUCACAUCCAACGGCCGCUGUCCCGUGCUGGAGCGCUCCCUAGAAGUUGCGUCCCAGAUGGCUAAGAGAAGCAUCCGGCAUGUUAUGGGACUGCAACCCCCAAGAGGCCGGCAUCUCCUGGGAAAGAAAGUCUCAGCGAAAUCCGAAGACCAUUUUUUGCCAUACUCCGGAGUGGAUGGCUUAUCUGCUGGGAGCCUGGCUCUGGGUAGCUCUGGGAUUGUCCUGACGGAUAUCUCCAGGGGUUUGGUUCGGCAGGAUGCGGCUGUGCUGCUGAGCCAGGCGAUGGACCGGCAUAAGAUCUUUGCAGGAUCUGCUGGGAUGGCUGUGGGAUGCGGAACAGUGUGGGCGACGUAUUUUGGCGAGGAUAACCGAUCGGGAGGUCAGCACGCCCCCUGCUUGAUGUCUAACAGUGGAACGAAGGAGACGGCCACUCGGCUGGCAUCAGGGCUUCCUGGGCCAGUCCUUGCGGAUCUGGUCAUGACGAAGAAAGACGCUCCUCUGGCUCAGAUGUUGUCGAAAUUUGACAUUGUGUUGUCGCCUGGGAAUAAUUCUGGCAGUGUACCUGUCGUCGGUGGCAUCGCUGGUUGUGGUGGUGCUGCUGCUGGGAUGAAGCGGAAGAAAGGCAGCAAGAAAACCGGGGGAAAUUCCUUUCUGGAUGGAGCAGAGGAGGUGGACUUGUGGGAUUCCGAGCUGCCUGCGUUGAUGACAAUGGGCGAGAUGCAGCAGCAUGUGGAGGCGGCGAGCAGGAUGUCAGUGUCAGCUUUGUUCUCUGAGGACGCAUGCAGGGCGCUGCACGCUUACUACCUCGUGAUUCGCCGAGCCAAGAUGGACCAGAGCGUUGGGGAUGUAUCUCUGCUGACCCUGGAGAGCCUCAUUCGAGUGGCGAUUGCAUGUGCCAAGCUCUGCAUGAGGCAGAGCGUGGUGAAGAACCCAGAUGUGCUGAUCGCCAUUCUGAUAUCCGAACAUACCUUCAUGGCAAAGCAUGGGUUUCCACUUGUGCCGUCGCUUGCAUUGAAGCUGCGCCAUCAGCCACUGGAAGUUGUGUUGGAGGCCUUUGAGAGCGACCUGGAGCAUGUCAUGCCUCAGAUGGACUCAGAAGAGUGAGGGGCAAAUGCGUUCCUGAAGUACCAUACAUUGCAUUGGAUCGAAGCUGCGGCACCAGCCAUUGGAAGUCGUGUUUGAGGCCUUUUAGAGCGACCUGGAGCACGCUAUGCCUCAGAUGGACACAGAAUAGUGAGAAAGGAAUUGUUCUCAUGCUGGUACUACCAGCCACCCACCAGCCACUGCAUGUGGUGUUGGAGACCUCAAGGGCGUAGCAUAUCAUGCUCCAGAUGAUUUGGAUAGCCAGGAGUUAGUAACAGCUUCGCGACGACAAGCUUGAUGGACUAUGUUUAGCUUCAGACGGGUAAUGGAGGGGUGUGUUCUGAACCCGCUGCUCCAUUCUCCUGGCAUGCAUUUCUCCCUAGUUCCUCUGUUCCUUCAACAUCUACAGUACAUC